GCCCUACCCACAACACCACAUGGCGCUGACAAUACGGCUAUGAAAAGGCCUUUCUCUACACCUAAUUCUUCUUUCCCUUCCAACUCUCUUGAGCAGUCCCUUGCGACCUGCUCCAAAGUACCCUCCAUCUUACCUUCAGCUCCUCGUUGGCCUCGACGCGCGUGCUGCCCGCCUCCCACAACCCAGACGACACUUCCAAGAUCCACUAUGGUGCAGACUAGCUCGCGAUCGUUUAUGCCCAUGCCCUCGUUCGGCGCUGUAUUCGGGGGAGAACACCACAACAAGGGCCAUGCAGACGGGAAUGGCGUUAAUCUAGUGCGCCCAGCAACAAGUCCCACCACAUCCUCAAGCGCGCCAUUCUCCUCGUUUCACAUUCACACCGAAAGCCGCGAAAGCAACUCGACGACCUCGUCCGACAACUCGCCCACCACUACCAUCUCAACCAUGGAUUCGUCAUCUGUGACCGACCCAUCUCCGGGCGUGUCGCCCGAGUCGCCUCUUGGAAGAACGCUCGCCCCUUCAUCAUGUGUCGCUGAUUUCAGGUCAAGAAGGACAGAACAGCCGCCUGGAGACUCAAGUACAUUUUUCGAGCUACAGCGCCCAACGACGCCUGCGAAGAAGCCGCGGAAUCUUAAAAACCUCGGCAUCAACACGGCCUCUUCUCUGAGCAACCUGCGAGCGCACACCCCGGCACCUGUUGCGGUUGCACCAAAGGAAAAGAAUAGUUCGGCGCCUCCAUCACCGCUGUUCAUCAAACCGCCGACACCACCCAAGCGAAGACCAUCGAAUCUGAGCCUGACGAUAUCGACACCCGGCAGCACAGACAACAAGCCAGUACGACUCCUCAUACCUUCAACGCCAUCCUUCAACCGCCCACCUCUUCGUCAUUUCCAGUCAUCCCCUUCCUUGCCGUUGUGUUCACCAAGUGUAAACCCGUUCGGUGGUAUGCAGUUACCCCCACGUCCUGUUGUGAACAAACCAACUGGUCUUGCCGAAGUCCCCUUUGAAAUGGAAGAGGAGGAGGACCAAGAGCCAAACUUUGACGUUCCCCAAUCACGCGAGGAAAAGCCAGCAGCAUACCCCAACGGUCCCAUUUGCAUAUACGAGGCUGGUGUAUACCUCUACUUUGAGCCCACAGCCGUACAGGCCACGACUUUCGAUGUUAUUAUCAAUGUUGCAAGUGAAGUCAAAAAUCCUUUCACCGCACCGUCGGGAGAAUUGCAAAAGGAUAUCGAUGCCAGACGUGUGGAUGGCCCACCAGCGGAGAACAUUGACUUUGCCACCCUUUCGCAGAGGCCAAAGCAAUCCUUUGGCAUGGGCGAUAGCUCUCCAACGACACCCAAAGCCACGGCGCCAGUGAUGCAGACGAUACAACCACGAGAGGUUGUCAUUGAGGGCAAGACAUACAAAACUCCAGAGUACAUCCAUAUGCCAUGGGAGCAUAACACCGAUAUCGUGCCUGACCUCCACAAGCUCGUGAAAAUGAUUGACGAGCGUGUACAGCAAGGGAAACGCGUACUCAUUCAUUGUCAGUGUGGUGUUAGUCGUUCUGCAAGUCUAAUUGUCGCCUAUGGUUUGUACAAAGAUCCUCAAAUGAGCGUGCAAGAAGCAUACGACAAGGCCAAGAAGCGAAGCAAGUGGAUCGGACCCAACAUGAACCUCAUCAUGCAGCUCCAAGAAUUCCGCAACAGCUUGCUGAGGCAGAACGAGAGCCGCUCGUAUCACAACCAAGGCUAUGGUCGACGAUCUGCUGGUCUUCCUUCAGGAUCGAACAAGUACUCUUCGUACGAUCGAGAUGGGGGAUCAGGAUCACGUACUCCACGCACGGCACCGCUUCCUCCUGACAGCGACAUGACUAUGCAACGUGCUAGCACUGGAAACAUGAUCGCAAUUUCUCCAGGCCCAUUGUCUGCGCCCACUGGUGCUUUCUCGCCCGGUUUCCGCAGGUCAUGGGAUUCUAGCCCAUUGCAUUUCGAGCUCACAUCCCAGCCGGCCCAGGCCACCACACCAUACGUCGAUCCCAAGGGCCAAGUCGUUCCUAUGGUCUCGGUGACUAGCAAUGAUGUGCCCACUAUACAUACUGAAGAUAUCUCCAGCGGCGAAGCAACACCACAGUCACCAGACAAUGUCCAACCCCCUUCAUUCCCCAACUUUUCCCGUCAACUUCGAUUACGACCCAACCUUGGCAUCGACGAGGGCGCCUCAUCUAGGACCGAAGAGAGGCUCUUGGCUCCUAUGCAACCAUCUAGCUUUGAACCCUUGAGGUCCCCUGCUGUCGCAAGUUUCAACAUACCUACUUUCCCAUCCUAUGAUACAGCGGACUCUGGGAUCAUGUCUCCAAUCAAAACAUCAUUUGACAACUCUUGGCCAGCAGGCUACGACCUGGAUAACGAGGAACCUGAUUCUGCUCCACAGGACGACGCCAAUGAAUCUUACGGUACUUCAUUCCAUCUUGGUCAACCGGCACCUUCCCGGGGCCGCUACGAUAAUGAUGACACAAAAUCGGCAGAAAUCGCUUCGCCAGUGAAGACUCAAUUCUCGGAUGAUAUCUUUGCCAGCACUGACGAUCGUUUGGAGGAAGACCUAAAAUCACCACGUGCUACCGAAUUCCACAUGACUCCAUUGAAACCCAGGUUAGGAGACGAGGAUCCCUUUGGCUUGACUUCACCGACUAGAGCGGAUUUCAAUCCUUUCGAUAGGCCGAGCAGUAUCGCCACUAUCAAAGCCCUCGAAUCGGAAGAUCGGAGACCCUCAUUCCAGGCCAUCUUACCGCCUGCCCAUCAAACUUUUAAUGGCUUCGCAUCCCUGGAUGGUACAGCACAGACAAAUCCUAUUUUCGAAUCUCCAGUUCCGCUGAACAUGUCUGCAUCGAAGCAAUUCCAGUUGGCCGGACCUCGAGUAGACAGUCAUAGCAAUUCCCCAGCGAAACAAGUUCUCAACCGCGGCGGUGCGCAUACAACGGCCCCAUUUGCGCUUCCUAAAGCACCAGCCACCCCUCGGACCCCGACCGAAACCUUCCUCUCUACUCCCGGAAAGGCCAUUCGAACAAGGUUUUCAUCUCCAAACAUGAACGAGCAACGGAAAUUGCAGAAGCUGCAAACCGAGAUCCAAUCGAAACUGCCAAGGGCAGCAGUUCCUCGUCAUGCUGCAGACGACAUUGACGCUCUCAUGUCACCCCGUGCAGAAGAAUUCACUAGGAACCCUUUCCGCUUUGAACUGCAGAGCCCUGGUGAAGACGCAAGCCCCGUUUCAUCAAACGGGACGAUCAAAGAUGGCCGAAACGGCCAUACUGCAUGGGAGGACCCGAUGCCGCGGCAUUGGACGCCUGAGAAGGCUACUGCUGAUCCUCGAAGUCCCGUACAAACCGGAGUCAGCCCGAUUGUCCGCAACAUUUGGGAUGUACUAUGA